AGCUGUGGUACGGAUAUUGGCAAAACGGGAAAAAUAAUUUUUCGCUCGAAAUUGAACAGCUAAAAUGAUUUAGCAUUAAGUGCUUAAGUUGAAUGUGGCUUUCGUGAGAAGAAACAGGCAAUAUACGGUAAGCGAAGCCAAAGCAGCAUCAAACUCAGGAAAGCCACACACACACGGUGUGAAUGUAUAAGCUAAUCGAAUGAACAGAGAGCUCAGUUUUGCGUAGUUUUCCGUGGUGAGAAGAAAGUGUGAAAGAAGAAAGCAGCAUACGCGCAAAAAAAGUGUUUUUAGUUUUGAUCCGCUUCGCCGGAGAGGCAAACCCACUGGGGGUAGCUGGAGAGGAAAGAUAGUAGUUACAACAGUGCAAGUUUGUGUUGGCAUUCGGGCCAUACUUCGAGAGCGACGAAAAUUGUGGGGAACUAGGUUCCCCUGCGGAAUAAGUUGUUCGUCUCCUUUCUCAUCUCCGGAAAAGUAUUCAAAGGAAGUGCAGAUAAGGCAAGCAGAGCGGAGGUGGUUCCGCUGCGUCGUUGUUGCACGGAAAGAUGGCAUCCGGUGACACGGCGGCGAUCGACACGAUUGACGUGGAAUCGGCACUGUCCACCAAGAAUUCCGAGUACACCACCAGCAGCAGCAUCUACAAUCGGGGGGAUCAGCUGCUAGAGCCGGACGAAUAUGGAAAGUUCAUUAGGGAUACGCCGGGCAAGACAAUCCUUGCUGAUGGGAUGUCGGCAGAACAAGCCCUGGCCGCGCGGCCUCACCGGCCCAAAUCGGACAAGGAGCGCAAGAUUGGUCACCGGCGAGUGGGCGAAGGGGGUGAGAUUACCUACAAGAAAAUCCAAACCACCCAGAUUAUGGGCUCGAUCCAGCUGGGAAUUCAGCACACGGUGGGCAGCCUGGCGUCGAAACCCCGGCGGGAUCUGUUGAUGAUGGACUUUUGGGAAUUGGAGACGAUAUCGUUCCCGCCGGAAGGUUCCAGCAUGACGCCGGCGCACCACUUUAGCGAGUUCAAGUUCAAAAUCUAUGCUCCAAUAGCGUUUAGGUACUUUCGGGAUCUAUUCGGCAUUCAGCCGGAUGAUUUCAUGAUGUCAAUGUGUUCAGCUCCGCUACGAGAGCUCUCGAAUCCGGGAGCGUCCGGUUCGAUUUUUUAUCUGACCGAUGACGACGAGUUUAUCAUCAAGACUGUAAUGCAUAAGGAGGGCGAGUUUCUGCAAAAACUGUUACCAGGAUAUUAUAUGAAUCUAAAUCAAAAUCCCCGCACCUUGCUACCCAAGUUCUUCGGGCUCUACUGUUACCAGUGCAAUAGUAAAAACGUUCGGCUAGUGGCGAUGAACAACCUGCUGCCAUCGUACGUUAAGAUGCAUUUAAAGUAUGAUUUGAAGGGAUCGACGUACAAGCGAAAGGCCAACAAAGCCGAACGAGCCAAAUCUUCCCCCACGUACAAGGAUCUGGACUUCAUGGAUCAUCACCCGAACGGUAUCUUUCUCGAGGCCGAUACCUGCAAUGCUCUAAUCAAAACCAUCCAGCGGGAUUGCCGGGUGCUGGAGUCGUUCAAAAUAAUGGACUACUCGCUGCUGGUCGGCAUCCACAAUCUGGACUUGGCGCUGAAAGAGAAGCAGGAAGCGGCCGCCAAAGCCCGAUCCGAGGGUGAAUCGGACUACGAGGAUGCACCGGAAGCGGACCAGUACAUGGUGCAGGAGCGCGAAGAGCGGACGAGCGCCCUCAACCGGAGCAGGUCCAUAAACCGGCAGCGGCUUGUUGCGCAUUCGACUGCAAUGGAAAGUAUUCAGGCCGAAAGUGAACCGAUCGACGAGGAGGACGAUGUACCACCGGGUGGUAUUCCUGCCCGCAGCGAAAAGGGCGAGCGGCUCCUGCUGUUCAUCGGUAUUAUCGAUAUUUUGCAAUCCUAUAGGUUAAGGAAAAAGCUAGAACACACAUGGAAGAGUAUUAUACACGACGGUGAUACCGUAUCGGUACACCGGCCCUCGUUCUAUGCACAACGCUUCCAGGACUUCAUGGCGAAGACUGUCUUCAAGAAAAUUCCAUCCCCGCUAAAACACUCACCGUCUAAGAGAAAAAGUCUCUCGAAAGCAGCACAGAGAGCCAGAAACGAUGAAAGUGAUAGUCAACCCGUUGCAGGCAGUUCCCACCAACAUCAUCACAAUCAACAGCAGCAGCAGCAGCAACAACAGCAGCAGCAGCAACAGCAACAAUCCCAACAGUCGCAGUUCCAUCCGACACAGACGCAUUUCAACCAGCAUACAACCGGAACGCCUAAAUCGGGCACAUCUCCUUCCUGCUCUUCCACCCCUCCCCCUGCUUUCGACGACAUCUCCGAGCAUGGUAGCAGUAGUCACCGGCACUCGUCGGACGACAAAACCGGUAGCAGCAGCGGCAUCGGUAGCGGAAGUGGCAGCGGGGGUGGCAUCGGCAGUCGCGGUGGCGGCGGCGGCAGCAAUGGCGGUGGCUCUGGAGGUGAUGGCGGUGGCGGCGGCGGCAGCGGAGGAACGGUGGACCGGCGUAGCACAUCCUGCCGGAGUGAUAACUACAAGGAAGACUCGAUUAGUAUAUCAGAAAUAAGAUUAGAAAGUCAUUUAGCAGUCGAAUCGUCAUCCAAUAGCAAUUACGGAUCUAGAGGUGCGCUAGCGUGGACACCGCCGGCAUCAGUCGAAGGUUCUACCCCCACCUGGACUGAGGGAACGCCCAGUUUCACGGAGUCCAGUUCUAGUGGCGAUAUAGGAACAUUCUCAGGCCAGUCAUCUCCCCUGCAUGCUACUCUCUCGGACCGGGAUCGCCACAAGCCAACGGUCGAGAAGGCCCUCAACUCGCUCACGUCCGAAAUGGUAAGCUUUUCCAAAUCGCACUACUCCUCCUCCACUUCGUCGGUAUCGUCUGCUUCGGUCGCUAUCAAAAAGCUACACAAACAGGUGAUUUACAUGAAAAACAGCAGCUGUUCCAGCAUAGAGCAAAGCAGCAGUGGUUCUGGCAAGUUUGCAGCCGGCAGCUGUACGGGCGGUUCCACUCCGUCGAUGUCGUUGUCUACCAACAACGCUGCCGCCACGACCGUCACCAGUAGCGGCAGCCGGCUGGAUACUCCAGACCACUGCGUGCUCGAGUCGACCACCACAUCGGUUACGACCAUCGGUAAGACCGUCGAUGCAUCGGCAACGCCGUCUGCCUCGCUGACAAUUUCGGUGCUCGGUGCAUUGACGGCCGAUGGUGGUUCCGGUUCGCUGGCCGACCUCGAACGCAACGUGCUGCGAAUCAAUGAGUGAGAAUUCCGUUUGUCACGGGGUUCAUACGAACAAGUGUUAUAGUGAAUCGCAUUGUGAUUUAGUGUAUGUAUUUAUAUCAGUUAUUUAUUAUAUAUACUCUUGAUUUACGUAUACUAAUUUUAAAAACAAUCUACAACUGUCAAACUAUAGGGUUCAAAUACAAAUUUACAUGGCAUCGUGAAGAAUAAUCGUUUCUUGCAAAUUACUCGGAGCUUUAUUUUUGGGAAUCUCGAACAUUCGAACAACUUCUAAGCCUAGAAAUCUGUUUGUCAAUACUGUUAUAUUAUUAUACCACAAAAGAAAUGUAAACUAACAACGCUGAGAACAAGCAACCUUAUCCAUCACAUUUAUACUGUAAAUAGCUGUACUUCUAUGCUAAAUGGAUCUAGUAUUGACCUCCUCCGAUUAUGGUAUAGAUUUUUCUGUGUCCGAGCCACAGAACACUACAUAGAAAUAUUUACUGAGACGUCGUUCCUCAACAUUUGGUCACAGCUUUUGAAAUUUACUUCGGCAAGUUAGGUAGCUACGCAAUUUGUUUCCUUCUUUAAACGCAAAUUAUUCAAAUUAGGUUUAUUGUUUAAGCUCCUUAUUUCCAAUUAUACAAAGAUAUCUGUAAUAAUAAAACCACCCGUUUCUUUUAUUAUU